AGUAAAUCAAGUCGAUUAGCAUUUUAUCUUUUCAAUUUCUGCAAAUUCAUGCAAGUUGAAGCCACUAGAAAUGGUAAGUUUUGUUCAAGAACUCAUUUGCCUUUCUUCAUAGUUUGCAGGCAGCUACUUUCUGUCAACCAACUUUAGUCGAUCUAAAGGGCAAAUAGCUGGUCACUUUUGAGGAAACCCGCACCCACUACCCGAGGUGUGCACUGGAUAAAUCUUGUCUUCUGAAAGAACUGCAAGGAAGGAGGUAAAUCAGUCUGGGUUGUUCAUAGCUGACCGGCUAAAACCAAGAAGAAGGCUAAUAGGCCGCUCCUGUUGGAAGUCGAAAUUGUAAAAACGUGGUCACUUUUGGCAAGCUGUAUGAGUGCAUAAGGCUGCCAGUUUGCUCUAGAAAGAAUGGCCUCGUCUUCUUCACAGUCGGGACUAAACAUUGGCAGAGGAGUCGAGGCAGGGAAGGAUAUGAAUUUCUACUUGCCCCUUUAUAAAGCUGCUAUUAGGGGUGAUUGGGAAGGUGCGAGGAGGUUCUUUGAUCGUGAUCGAGAUGCAGUCACAGCUAAGAUCACCAAGGAUUCGGAGACAGUCCUCCAUGUAGCAGUUGCUCGAAGCAAGGCGAUUUAUUUUGUAAGUAAGCUACUGGAAGUGAUGCCUUCUGAUGCAUUACGUACGACAAAUAGAUUUCACGAAACAGCUCUUCAUUUUGCUGCUAAAUUCGGUAAUGUUGAGGCAGCAAAGCUGUUAGUGUCCCAAGAUCCUGGUCUGCCUUCGAUUUGGAAUGAUUCGAAUUGUUUGCCUCUACAUUCGGCUGCUCUCUUUGGCCACAAAGAGAUGGUUAUAUAUCUAUUAACUGUUACUGGAGAACACGUGAGACCUAAUCCGUUUGCUGAUAAGCCCGGGAUCACUCUUAUGAUGCUUCUUGUGCAUUCUGGAUUUUAUGAUGUGGCACUGGAUCUGCUUCUGCAUCAUCCCCAGUUGGCUUCAACUGUAUCACCCGGUGGGAAUACUUCAUUGAGCAUUAUUGCUCAAAAGCCCUCUUCGUUUCCAAGUGGAAGUUGCUUAAAUUUCUGGCAAAAGCUUAUAUACUCCUUGCCUCUUGUGAAGUCUUUGCGUGAAGAAAAACUGAUGCACUGCCAAGCAAUGGAACUUGUCAGAGCGUUAUGUACUGAAGUCAUAAACACGAAUAACUUAAAGUCUGCCUUGAUAUAUAAACCGGCUAUUAUUUUGGGAGCUACUUUAGGCAUUUAUGAGAUUGUAGAAGAGAUUUUAAAGACAUUUCCCAGUGCAAUCUGGUCGUUGGACAGGGAACACCAUGAUUUGUUCCAAAUAGCAGUGAUGAACAGACGUGAAAAUAUAUUCAAUCUCUUACGUGAACUGGAUGAGCAUACGCAUUUGGUAACUCAAAACAUUGACACGAAUGGUAAUACUAUCUUACAUUUGGCUGGAAAGUUGGCACCUCCCCACCGGCUUAAUCUUGUCACAGGUGCAGCUUUGCAGAUGCAACACGAGUUACAAUGGUACAAGGAAGUGGAGAAGUUUGUAACUCCGGGAUACAAAGUGAAGGAGAAUUCUAGUGGAAAAACGCCUGCAAUGGUGUUUACUGAGGAGCACAAAGACUUGAUUGCAGAAGGAGAACAAUGGUUCAAAGACACGGCAAAUUCAUGCACACUGGUCGCGGUCCUCAUUGCAACCGUAGUUUUUGCUGCAGCCAUAACCGUGCCAGGUGGUAGCAAUGGUGACAAUGGAUACCCAAUCUUUAACAGCGAGACGCCAUUUACAAUCUUUGCCAUUUCAAACACCCUUUCUCUGUUUUCUUCUACGACUUCAGUGUUGAUGUUCUUGUUGAUUCUGAACACGCGAUUUGCAGAAGCAGAUUUUCUCCACUCCUUGCCAAAUAAGUUGAUCAUUGGCCUUGUUAACUUAUUCCUCUCCAUAAUGUUCAUGAUGGUAGCCUUUAGUUCUGCAAUUUAUAUCGUUUUUGGGCAUAAGAAGUCUUGGAUUAUUCUGCCACUUGCAUUUGCCUGUCUUCCAGUGGGAUUGUUUGCAUCAUUGCAACUUCCCCUCCUUAUAGAGAUGAUCAAAUCAACAUACGGCCCGGGCAUUUUCUACAAGCAACAGAGAUCUUAUUUCUGGACUGUGACAAAAUGAAGGCCUACGGUGUGUUACUUCAUAAGAUAGACAUAUACUUCAGUGGGAGCGGCCUAUUGGCCUUCUUGGUUUGAACCAGUCUGCUAAGAGUAACCUAAGUUGGUUUACCUUCUUUUGAUCAUUUGCCGGCUAGGGUCACAAUCUGGGGUUUACCCCAUGCACAUCUUCCAGUAAUAGCUACGAGUUUCUCUUGUCAUCCCAAAAAAAAAAAAAGAAUUCUUGUACAUUAGUAAUCUUUUCUCUCUUGACUAUUCUUUGUUGUACAUUAGGUAUCCUAGUUUGCACUAUUAUGUAAAGAGUACUGUUGAGCAUAUAUAUAAUA